UAUGUGAAAGCCCAUACAUAGUAGGAAUCCAGAUGGAGUCGCCGUUGCCGGGUUUACCACGUCCUCUUUCCUCCCCCGCAGGGCGACGGGGAAAUAUAGGGAAACUAAAAAGAUCGAGCCAUUGAUAAUAAUUCCAUCACUUGGAUUUUUGUAUCCUCCAUUGACGCCAUCGCUCGCUUCCUUCUGCUCUUCUUCCAAUUCCUUCUACUGCCCCAACCAACUUUGACGCCCGAGGUCUUCCAGUUCUCCCAUGGCCGAAACUUCUUCCAAAGACGACCUACUUCAGCUCAUCAAGCGCUUCGGGGCUUAUCUCACUCUCAAGAUCUCCAAUUUCUUCCCGAUCUCUUUCCAGAAUUUGGAUUCACGAUCUGUUGGGGCUAUUACUGGAUUUGCUGUUGCAAUAAUUUUCACAUGGAGACUGUUGAGAUCCCCUAAUGGACAUCAGAGACGACAACCAAAAAGGCAAAUGCCUGCACCAAGUAGUUCUACUUCAACUGUUGGGUUAAAUUCAAAUGCACAAUCGGUAACUUCUGAAGUUUGUUCAUCUUCAGAGGAUUUAAGAGCACACAAUGUUGUUGAUGAAUUCUUCCAGCCAGUCAAGCCAACUUUGGGUCAGAUUGUGAGGCAAAAAUUGAGCGAAGGAAGAAAGGUUACAUGUCGUUUACUUGGAAUAAUUCUAGAGGAAAACAGUCCAGAGGAUCUGCAGAAACAAGCCACUGUGAGGUCCUCGGUACUGGAAGUACUGUUGGAGAUUACGAAAUAUUGUGAUCUUUAUCUUAUGGAAACAGUGCUGGAUGAUGAGAGUGAAAAAAGAGUUCUUUCAGCACUCGAAGAUGCAGGGGUUUUCACAUCUGGUGGUCUGGUCAAGGACAAGGUUCUCUUCUGUAGCAUGGAGAAUGGGCGAACAUCUUUCGUGCGCCAGCUGGAACCCGAUUGGCAUAUAGAUUCCAAUCCUGAAAUCAUUACUCAGUUAGCUAGGUUCAUCAAAUAUCAACUUCAUGUGGCUCCAAUCCGACACGAGCGGACCGCUUCUAACGUUUUCAGCUCUCCAUCCUUGGAACAGUUCUUUGGAAACAUUUAACUUGAAGCCAGUUCAAGAGUGGAAUGAAUUUUCAAAUAUAUAUAUUUUUUCCAUUUUAUUUGGGCCGUGUUGGUUGUAAGUGCAAUGGUUCUCUUUGGGAACUAAGCAAGUUCAGUUUGCACUAGGCCGCCAUUGCUGGUGUUAGAAAGAUAGAUGUACCAUGUUUUUUUCUUUUUGUUUCUGCAAAGAUCUUUUUUUGGGUUGAUCUUGUGUUAUCUGACAUAGUAACUUCAUGCCCCACUAAAAGCUCCUAAUUUAGCUGAUGUAUGUAAUUUAUAUAUAUUUAUUAGAUCAUCUCAGCCAUGACAAAUACCAUUUGGAUCACCAGUUUCCUACUGAA